AUGAAGUCGAAAUCUCCUGCCCCCACCAAACGUCCUGCCUCCAACAAAAAGAAAUUCAAAUGCGAAGGGUUUGGCGAAUGCAAAAUGGCUUUCACCCGGCAGGAGCAUCUGGCAAGGCACCAGCGCAGACACACGGGGGAAAAGCCGUUCCAAUGUGAGAUCUGCUUGAAGUUUUUCAGCAGGUUCGACAACAUGAACCAGCACAGGGACGCCGUCCAUCUGACAAGAAGGUCCGGGAGUGCAAAACAAUUCAUCAUCGAGCAAAAUAUACAUUCCUCCAUGAACAUGCUGCCCUCCGAUUCCACCAUGCAGCUGAAUACUCAGCAGUACAUGAUGCAGAACCCGUCGUACUUAUCAGUGUGUCAGCAUACGACUCCGCAUCAAAAUAACGUGAUGGUGCAGUCCGUGCUGCAACAUCCGUCAUUCCAACGCUCGUCUUCGCCUCUGCUACGAUCGCAGUCGCUUUUACAGCCACAAGCAAAGUCGCUCCCCACGCCGCAGUUGGUGCGUCGCACCUCGCCGCUUCCAUAUUUGCACCCUCAACAGCAAUUCAUGGCGCCAAUGCCCCAGACUUAUAUUGACACACCAAGAGGAACGAAUUCGCCGGUCAGCAUGAUGGGCGGUGCCUCCGGCCUGCGUCAUAUUAAACUACCCCCAAUCAUUUUCAACACGGCUGAAACAAACUCCAUGCCAAAGGACUCCAUAUCGGCGCCCGCGAUCAAUCCAUACAGACCCCACUCUCCACUGGACCAAACAACGCUUAGUUCCAUGAGAGUGUUGGCUCCACAUCACAACAACACGAAUCCGAAUAGUUUCAACAAUCUGAACAUGUCGUCGACGUCGAAUCAAGCCAAUUCAAAUGUAAGACUACCCAUGCUGUCGACCGCAUUGGGUGACCAUGCAUCAAAUAUUAUCUCCCGUUGA